CUCCUUGAGCUGUCCUCUCCGUGCACGCGCGUGCUCACCCCCUCCUCCCGCUACCACCACUAGGUCGAGUCGAGGAGGAGGAGGAGGAAGAGGAGGAGGGAUGAGGCGCGCGGCGGAGGGGAAAUGGCUGCCGAAAACAAGCCGGAAGGACUGAAGAAGAUAAGAAAUCCAGAACGAAUGGUCAGAAUUGCUGUUGGUUACACCGGACACACCCCUCCCAAGAGUGAUGACACUGACGCUAACAAUGAGCCGGGCCAGUUGAAAAUCUACCUUCCUAAGAAGUUACUAGAGUGUCUCCCCAAAUGCUCUUCUCUGCCCAAGGAACGCCAUCGCUGGAACACCAACGAGGAGAUUGCUGCAUAUCUCAUCACUUUUGAGAAACAUGAUGAAUGGCUGACGACAUCGCCAAAAACCAGGUUGCCACAGCAAGUCUGCUUCCUCCACCUUAACCUAUCUAGUACAUCAUCCCCGGUGACACCUAUCAUCUUCAUCCCACCUCUCCUUUUUUUUGUCCGGCCUCAAAAUGGUUCUAUGAUCCUCUAUAACCGCAAGAAGGUAAAGUACAGGAAAGAUGGCUACUGCUGGAAGAAAAGAAAAGAUGGGAAGACCACCAGAGAGGACCAUAUGAAGCUCAAAGUGCAAGGUGUCGAGUGUCUCUAUGGCUGCUACGUCCACUCCUCCAUCAUCCCCACCUUCCAUCGUAGAUGCUAUUGGCUGCUUCAGAACCCAGACAUUGUGCUGGUGCACUAUCUGAAUGUUCCGGCAGUGGACGACAGCGGGAAGCCAUGUGGUCCGGUUCUCUGCUCCAUCAACACAGACAGGAAGGAGUGGGCCAAGUGGAGCAAAGAAGAGCUUAUUGGACAACUCAAACCCAUGUGUGCUGGAAGCAGUUUACACCAAAAAUGCUCCAGUGUCAAGCAGCGCAUCAUCUCAUCCAAGCAAGAAUCAGGAGUGGCAGCAGGUGGUGGAGCUGCAGCAGGUACUUGCACAGCGGCAGGCCAGAAAGUAGAAGACGCAGAUGCCACAGAAGUCCAGAACAGUGAUGUGUCAGAGGGCCAGACAGAGCCGAGUCCCGGGGGCCGGAGAAGCAGAGCAGGUGGAGGAGAUCGAAGGAACGGGCGUAUUACCAAACCUUCCCUUCUCCCUCAGAGCAGCAUGGAAGUGUCCUCUUCCACCUCAAACAACCAGGUGGAGGUCCCAGACACCACCCAGAGCUCCCCACUGUCAAUCACCAGCGACAUGGCAGAUAGCCCUGCACUCGCCAUCGGAACCGGCUUGUCGCAGAGCACGGCUGUGUUUAUGUCUGAGGUCACUACACUGACCGGGGAUUCGGUCUAUUCUGCCGGCCACACACACCUGCUAGCUUCCACCCAUGAGAGCUCUGCUGCUGGAAUACUUCUUGCUGUGUCUCCGGAAAACCAGAGGUUCGCAUCGUUUGCUGGAGGGGUGGGCUUAGGUGAGGGAGGGGAGUUGGUUCUUUCCAGUUCUCUGGACUCUGGCGGAGGGGUCAGCCUGCCUGAGACUACAAUGAACUUUGACCCUGACUGCUUUUUGAAUAAUCCAAAGCAGGGCCAGACAUACGGAGGAGGUGGAGGGAAGAGUGAGGGGUGUAAUGGUGACAGCGUGGGACUGCACUGUUCUUCAAAUGGAUUUGUCUACAACCCAUCCCUUGUUAAUAACAUCAAGACAGAACCGACACCACUGGAGCAACCUUUGGCCACUCAGAGUAGCUACGUGGGAGAGGGAACUGGUCUCAGCCCCAGUACAACCUUGGAACAAAUGGACUUCAGUGCAGUCAUGUCCUCUGCCUGCUUGACCCAGUCUGCCCACCACCCUUCUCAGAAUCUUUUCCUCCAGGCCUCUCCGCCUGCAAGUCAGUCAUCCCAACUUCAGACCAAUGGUGCUGAGGCAACAUCAGAAUCCAGUGAGACUCAGGCUUAUAUAGGCCUGCCUAUGGUGCCAACUGACUCCCCAACCACCAAUGGAGACACAAACCCGCAUCUUAACCAAGCUGGCCAUGACCAGCAGGCCAUGUGUGGAAGGAAUGGACAGGGAGCAACAGGCGGCUCUUUUCCACUGACCUCACAGGACGCUAACAUCGACCAGUCCGGUGGUCGAGUACAUCGGGAGGUCAGCGGUUUGGACAAAACAUCUGAGAAUGGUGAAGAUUUAAUGUUGAAAUCUGGAGACUCUCGUGAGGAAUAUGCACGUGUGGACACUGAGCAGUAUCUACAGCAGAACGAUGACUGUGGAAGCGGAGAAGAUCGGAGUGGCAGGGCAGCAGGAGGGGAACGAGAAAACGAAAUUCUAUGUAACGGUGUGAAUAUGUCGUGUGCUAACACCCCAGUAGUGGCCAGCCCUCAGUCAAUGGCUACUGGUACAAGUAUCGAAGGGGGGCUCUACAACUCAACUCUUCCCCAACAGGGAGGAGGGGCAUCAGCAGCAGCGGGAGCCGGGGCAGGCAUCAGUUUGGAAGGCUUCGAAGCCUCUUUUGGCAGCCAGUUCUCUGAUCUCAUCAAUGAUUUUAUCUCAGUGGAAGGAUCUGGCGGUGGGGUGGGGGCAGCUGUAAGUGGGGUUUUGAUGCCCCAAGAAGGCACUGCAGGAGAAGAACAAGGCACGGCAACAGGUCACCUCCAGGGCUCGGAGGUGGAACAGGGACACCUGGGACUGCUUCAGGAGAACGGGAGGCUGUUUGGCGUGACAGACUACUCCCCAGAGUGGUCUUACCCAGAGGGUGGAGUAAAGGUGCUCAUCACUGGUCCCUGGCUGGAGUCAAGCAGUGAGUACAGCUGUCUCUUUGACCACAUCAGUGUCCCUGCUGCUCUCAUCCAGCCAGGCGUGCUGCGUUGCUACUGCCCAGCGCAUGACACGGGAUUGGUCAUGCUGCAGGUUGCCAUGGGUGGUGAAGUCAUCUCCUCUUCUGUUGUGUUUGAGUACAAGGCCCGAGACCUGCCCGCCCUCCCCUCUUCUCAGCACGACUGGCUGUCCCUGGACGACACACAGUUCAGAAUGUCUAUCUUAGAGCGCCUGGAGCAGAUGGAGCAGAGGAUGGCAGAGAUAACCAAUCAGAAUCCCAGCUCAGAAACCAUAGCAACCAAGGCUGGAGGGGUGGAAGGAGGAGGAGCUACUGAUCGGUCUCAACUACCUCCGGACCAGGGCUCAUUUGAAGGCAGAGUUGUGGUCGUGUGCGAGAAGAUGAUGUCUCAACCGUGCUGGGCAUCAACAAAUCAGCUUGUGCACAGUAAGAACUCCAGAGGAAUGACGUUACUGCAUCUGGCUGCAGCUCAGGGCUAUGCAGGACUCAUCCAGACGCUCAUUCGUUGGCGCACUAAACAUUUGGACAGCAUUGACCUGGAGCUGGAGGUGGACCCUCUUAAUGUGGACCACUUCUCCUGCACUCCACUGAUGUGGGCAUGUGCUCUCGGUCACACCGAGGCAGCGUUGGUGCUUUACCAGUGGGACCCAAGAGCUCUGGCUAUCCCAGAUUCUUUGGGUCGUCUCCCACUUAACAUUGCUCGUUCUCGGGGCCAUACACGACUAGCUGAGCUGUUAGAACAACUGCAACAAGCCCCUCAAACUCCAGGUCAGACCCCUGACUCCUGGACGGACAGGUGGAGAGGAGAGUCGCAACUCAGCAGAACAAUCAACAGCAGCUCCAGCUCCAGCUCAGAGUUGAGAAGAACCAGGACUGAAAGUCAGCCAGACAACCAGAACGCAAACUGGAGCCAAGCAGGAAACAGAACCUCACCUGGAGACCAGGGCGGUCCACCCCCAGCCAAGAGGCUGAAACCCAGCCAAGACACCCUGCAUCAGCUUUCCAAUACCAACACUUACACGGCUCUACCUAAGACCAAUCUCAGUCCUAACCCUCCGCACCCCCAACCUCAGCCCUCAAACACAAGCUGUCCCAACCGUCCACAGCUUGCCGGCACUCCCAUCUCCCACCUGCAGGCCAGGAUAGGGAGGCCUGGAGGAAGCACCAGGUGGAGUCUGCGACACGCAGUAGGGCAGAGGACCUUAGCCAGAAGAAUUUUAGGAAAAGAACGGCUUGCAAAUCACCUGCGGCAAAGAGUGUUUUCAGACAGAGGAGAGGUGACGGAGCUGCUCGCAUAUCACGACAACACGGAUGAUUUGCAGAUGGACAUUACAAUGUUGGCCGACCACAUAAUGGAUGUUGCAUCUGGCCGGCUAAAACAUGUGGAUGUUGAACGUGAAACCAAUUCUGAGGGAAACAGCAACGAUGCCAAAUUACUGUCUAGUUAUCUGGGCGAGGUGGAAAAGUUUCUAAACUUCAAGCCACCUCCUACGCCCAGACCAAGCUGUCUCUCAGGAUCGCAAGAUCAGCAGAGUCCUCCAGCUAAGGAAGCCCUCUCCUCCCAUUGUGACUGGGGCUCCUUCCUCUGUUCAGCUAUGAAAGACGAGCGUUCGAAAACCGACUCCUCCUUCCUGGCCAUGACUGAAGCAGAGCAGGCAGAGCUGUGUGAAACCAUCAGAGCUGCUAUGUACUCCCUUAGGAAACACAAGGGUCCCAUUCAGGAACUACGCAAAGAGAUUGCAGCAGUGGUCCAGCGCUGCUAUAAGAGAUACAAGCAGUAUGCACUUUAUAAGAGGAUGACCCUGGCAGCCAUCCUUAUCCAGAGUCGUUUCCGGAGUUUCCACGAGAAGAGGAAGUUCCAACAGAGUCGUCGAGCCGCGGUCCUCAUCCAGCAAUACUACCGCUCCUAUAGACACUCCCUCAGCAACCUCCUAACAAAGAAACAGAACCAGGCUGCACGCAAAAUCCUGCGCUUUCUGCUCCGAUGCCGCCACAGCCCCUUGAUGGACCAUAGGCCUCUGAAACGGGGUCAGAGAGCAGAGAAAGGCCAGGGGUCGUGAAAGUCCACCACCAGGCCCCACACACAGUUCCCUCAGCCUGUGAGAAUUCUCUCCACCCUUCCAGCCCUCCAUUUCCUCCUCUGCCCUUUCUUCAUCCCUUGAGAACUCCUCCCUUCCCGAGCGCCGUCCAAACCGGUUCCCUCUUCCUCUCCUUACUCGUCUCACCAACUCUUUCCACUUUAAGAAAAAAAAAAACACUUCUUCCCCCAGACUGAGGACAGGAAAGGUGUCCAUCAUGGCAGCUCAGACAGACUGCUGGGUGGAGCCCAGGGAUCUGGCUCUGCCCACAGCACUGAUCCUCCUCCACAGUUUCACUGGGAGGCCAUCACAUUAACCUCAUGGCAUUCUUUGCACUCUUCAUGGGUAUGUUCCUUUGCAAGUCGACACGCAGGCUGAGAGGAUUUGGACAAGCACUCCAUGGUGAUGCUGCCUUCGUGGCAGCGUCUGGAAGAUGUGGGAGGUUUCAGCGAUGGACACGACUCUCAAAAUGUGAUGUUGAAUUCAAACAAAACCAGGUGUGUUUUGUACCCAAACAGCAAUCCAUGAAAGAAUAAGAAAACAUAAACCAAAAAACUCACUUGUGUGUUGCAUUUGCAUGCAAAGUUUUUUCGCUUUUUCCUCCUCUCCAUGACUCUAAAUAGCUGUAGUGGCGAAUCAUUUCCUGGCUCAGUGUAACACAAUACCACAGAACCACUCAACUCACAGGCUUACAGAUUUAUUCAUCAGUUACCCGAUCUAAGGGGAGGAACUGCACUUGAAUGUAAGAGGGGCAUUGUUAGCUAAGGGUUGGGGUCUGAAUAACGAUGUCUUAAUUUGUUACAUGGACUUUGUAUGAAGUCGUUCUCAGAGGCAGCACUUUGCUGGCCUGACGUGGUGUGUCCGUGUUCGUUCAAUUCAAUGCAUGUGUUUGAGCGACAAGCUCCUGCAUGCUUGCCAAAACUGCUUUAGUGUUGUUUUUAUUUUGUAAUUCUAUGUGUAGUUGUGUCUCACUUACGUCCUCAUUAACUUAUCCUUGCCCUGUGUAAUGUGAAUUGUGUACGGACAAAUGACUUCUUUUGGGUGCUUAUUUAUUUAUUUUUUUUAUUUAUCUUUUUUACACGGUUUAUUUAAGGGUCUUAUCAUUUAUUUAAUUGGCUCCGGAGUGGUUACGAUUGAGAUUGGUUUCCCCCCCUUGUGUGGUAAAAAAAAAAAAAAGACAUGUUCCAAUGGUUAAAUGUCUCUGUUAGUUUGUUCUUUGCGCGAACCUCUAAAUCCAAACUGUGGUUUUGAGGAGAGAGUCACAUACCAUUGCCUUGACUUCUUCUUGACUCUAAGAGGUCUCUAUGCUUGCUCUGUACAGGACAUGGGUCCUUUACCUGCCCCUAUACAGGGCAUUGGUCCCCAUAUUAGCCCAUAUGGGCAACCUAAUCCAUAUUUUGGACUAUUGCAUAUUCCUGUAUAUAAACUGACGAGGUAGGGGGAUACGAGGACCCUAAAACUUUUUCAUAAGAGGACUGUAUUUAAGAUUAUAAAUUAUUUUACUCCCAUAAUGAGAACCUAACAUAGAGACCUGGGUGCACAGGAACGGCUGCAUUGCUUGUAAAUAAUGUAGAUACUACAAACAGAGUAAUGUGCAUGAGAUUUAAGUCAACAGCAAAAAGAACAUGUUAGUGGCUAUGGAUUGUGAGAGGAUUUCAACUGCUUCACUUUGAGAGUAUCCAGUGUUACCGAAAAGACAUUUUGUUAAAAGCAUGCAACUGAAAACUCUAAUGUUAGAACUAUAAGUGGGAAAACAAAGUUAGCUGAAACAACGAACUUUCAGAGAAAACAUUUACACUUUGUGCUUUUUUGUUUCUUGGCUAGCAAAAAUUAAGUCCUUUUUGCCAGUAGUGCCAAUUACUAUGAAUGCUAUUUUGCCUAACAAUAUCUUAUUUUGGGGGGAACCGUAACCCAGAACAUAUCAGAUACACACUCAGACAAUAAACAGUAGACAAGAUUUAGUACUAGCAGCACCGUAGACCUACAAGUUUCAACGUUUGUCUGUGGCAGACUUUGCCUGUUAAUGAUGGUGGUACUGAUGCAAGUGUGACAUUACUGGUGAUGAAGAGGCUGACAAUGAUCGUUUCAAUGUGAAUGCAAUGACUGAUGACCCAAAAAGGGAAAUGGGCGCUUCAUUCUUUACAAUGUGGUUGUGCUUCAGCAACGUACUACCUUUAGUUAAGCUCAUUUUCACAACUGCAGCAGAUCAAGUGGAAGCUUUCCAUCUUCUUACAGAAUGUCUCCUUCCUAAUUUUCUACAUAUCUUUUUUUAAUCUUUUCUUUUAUCCUCAUUGUCACUGCCAUUAAAUGACAUGUACUUCUGAAGUUUGGAAAGCUCUGUAUAGAAAGUGCCUGCUCAAUAACAGAAAAGUGCAAGCUAAUAUCAGGAAAUGUCUGUUGUAUGUUCCUCAAGUGGUCACCAGUUACUUGUUUUCCGUUCUCCUAAAAUGUGUUUAAGAUUAAAAUGAUUUGUCGAUGAUGUGAAUGAAUGCUUAUGGCCUGAUCUAUAUUAUGUUGUUGCUUUUUGAGAUGAACUGGUAAUCAUAUUUUGCUCCACUUUUGUGUGCAUUGUGCAGUAUUAGAAGAAGAAAAAAAAAAAAACGACAACAGAAUCCAGCUUGUGUGUGGCACAGAGAAUGUUCAUCCCAUUGAGGCUGUAAGACUUUUCUUGCACAUAAUCACUUUUUCUUUCUUUCCUUUACCUAAUGUUCUUGUAGCAUUUACAACAGAGCCGAGAUCUGUCAUUCAUACUUUUUCCUUUGUCUCUCACUGACUCUGCCCCACACAUGCUCUGACACAAAUGUACACAGUCGGACAGGUACUUAAGACCACACUCUCUCACUCUCUGUGCUUAUGUCUUUGGGAACAAUUAAAUCUCUCCCUUAGAUUUUACUCAGGGUUAAAGAACAGAGAGGUUGUUUGUGAUGAGUCAAGGUGACUAAGAGAGUGUCACUGUGUACAUAUGUCCCACUUCCGCACUUCUAUGUUUCCACUCCACUUGCUUAGUACUCCCCCAACAACACCGUAGAGCAUUACUCCUACUGAUAGGCUUAUUGGUUAUGAUCUAUUGACUUCAUCCUGACGCUAAUGUGUGUCACUUUUUCUACAAGCAAAAGCUCCAAUGCCAUUUUGUAAGAUUCUGCUUGGAUAGAAAUUCAAUUGAGAAACAUAUAUAAGUAAAAGCGAUAUUUCUAUACUAGAUAUAGUCAUGAGCGCACAAUAUUCAUACUAUAAAUUACUGCAACAGCUACUUAGCACCUUAAUUUUCCGACGGUAAGGUGAAGUAUUUAACAUUGUAAGAUUUAGAUUGUGUUUUAAAUCAGCCAGCACUGCGAGAGAAUAAACUUGUUAUUCCCAUCAUCUCAUGUCAAACCAACACACAUUACUUUGAUCUGCUAUAUGUCCAGACACAUAGAGAAACACACACACAAGGCAUGCGCUUGUCACAACAUAGUUGACAUACACAAGACAAACAGGCAAAGAAACAAUAUUUCAUGAGUAUAUUCAUGUUUUUGGAGAGGAUAGUAACUGUAAAAAGAGAAAAAGUAGAGUAGAAAAGGUAAAAAGAAAGCGAUAUUGCCAUAGUAGACAUGCCCAGAAAUGGCCUCUGUUUCUCCCAAAAUUGCGGUGUUUUGAGAGGACGAGGCUCAACACCACAUUGCAUGCUAGAAUGGUAGAACCUUUUAGAUAACCUAUGGCUAGACCUCUCCUUCCUCUCCUUCACCCCGUCUCCCCCUCUCUCUCAUCCCCUGGCCGUACUACUCCCACCUUGCCUGCUGUUGUGUUCUCCAUGCCUAUGUCAGUCUUUCAUUCCUCUUCUUUCGUAGCCUAGUUUUUACUUUUUUGUUUUUACCAAUUUUGCAUGCACAAACAUCACAAAAUUGUUGAUGUUUUUAAAAAGAAUAUUUUGUUGCCGAGGCCAUGCAAAGUGUUUUGAAUAUUGCCCUUAUAUGUGGAAAAUGUCUUCUGAAUGCUUUACAUAAUUUCUGCUGUAAAAUGAAAUCAGAAUAAAAAGAAAAUUUGCACUUUAA